CUUUGAUCAAGUUCGGUGCACUUUCCUCUCCCGUCUUCUGUUUCUGACACUUUUGACCACACCGUCUUGGAUGUCGCCUGUGUGCGUAUCAAAAACAAGCGACUUCAUUCCAUUGCUUGAGCAUGAAUGCGCUAGGAGCUCCCUAGUAGUGCGUUGUGAAGCUCCCGCUACGACCAUUCGGUGCAAACGCUUUCGCUGUUUGUAAAUAAACAACCUCGCCGAAGUUCAUUGCAGCAUCAAACAUGGACGAGACUCGCCAAAGCAGGCCGAGCGGCAUCCCUCGGCCGUCCAAGAUUCCCGUGCAAACAUCUAAGCUCCCGGUUCCACGGACGAACUCGAUUCGAACCUCCCCAUCGCGGGAAAGCCUGUCAGCCACCGCGGGGGGAGGAAGCUUGCGCAACCCAAAACUCCGGACUGCCGCCUCGCGCGACCAGCUUGCCCCGGCAGCCGCCACGACAGCAACCGUUACAAGUCGCUCCCCGACCAGUACUGCGCCUCUGCGUGCCGUAUCAUCACCCCAUAGUCGAGCGGGUGUUGGUCAACAUGCGGUGGGCAAUACGCGAACGGGGAGGCUAGCGCCGAGCUCGGCUGCGCAGCCUUCGAGGCCGGCAAGAGGAGGUACACAGCCGGUUGGCCAGGGGACUCGGUCGAGCUCGGCUACUGCCGGUUUACGCCGUCAGUCCUCGCAGCAAUGGAUAUCCGCAGCAGCCAUGCCAGAAGAGGAGACCGGUUUGGGAGAAUCCUGGACCAUGGUGGCUGAGGACGCGACGGAAGGCACCGUUCCAGAGUCUCCCUCCAGCCUCCGGCCGUCGCUCGCAGAAAGGACGAUGGAGACGCUCGCUCGUUUGCCAUCCUCGCCAUCUGUAAAAGGAAGAGGCGCGCCGUCGUUUUACGACCCGGCCACGGGGAGGACGCCAUCCCGUUCCGCAAGUCGGGCAUCUCGGCCGGGAUCUAGUCACCAGUCGGAUGGAUCAGGCGAGCGACCUAGGACCGGUAGCAGGCCUGGUUCCAGCUCCGGUUUGGAAGAGUCUAUCUCCAGCUUCCGCUCCCAGGUCGCCACAUACGAGAACCCGCUCUCCCCUAUUGAGGGCACGCCCCUGCGAAACCGGCGUAGUAUCCAAUCGUUCCAAUCGCCAUCAGUAAAAGCCACGCCGUCGAAACCGGGCCGAACAUCAGUGUACGGGAUGCCGCCGCCGAGCGCCUUUGCCGCUCCGCGAACGAGGACACCGAGUCCGGGAAAGCGCGCGCCUGAGGUCCCGGUGCCCAAUUCUGCCACAAAGUCCUUGGCCCCUCGGCCACUAACCAAGCGGCAGUCGGUCAACGGAUUGUCCAAGAAACCGUCGGUUAACGGCUUGUCCAAGAAACCGUCGGUUAACGGCUUGUCCAGGAAGCCGUCGGUGCCGGCACUGCCUAAGGCAAACGGUGGGGAGGCUCCCAGAAAGGCGUCCGUAGUCUCGCGGGGCUCAUCCGCGGCGUCUUGGGAAGGCACGAACCCUUCCAGCGCGUCUGUUGCGUCCGGUAGCACAGGCAUCACCGCGGAUUCGACUGAACCUGGUCAAACGCAGAAGAAGUCAUCGUCAGCUCUGCGUGAGCAGAUUGCUAAGGCGAGAGCCGCCAGAAAAGCCGCAUCCCAACAGGCUUCUUCCAACGCCGCUGCCGUCUCCGGAGAAUCCGCCUUGGUGCCCACAGACUCUAGCUUUGACUUCGGCCUAUCCGGUGAUCCAUUCAACCAGAACCGCGAUGACAAGUCGCAAGCCAAGAUACUCCAGAACCGGCUCGAAACCGCGAGGACAAGCGGCCGGCUCAACAUUGCUGCGAUGGGCCUGAAAGACAUCCCGACAGAGGUUCUCAAUAUGUACAACCUCGAAUCUAUCGGCCAGUCUGGCGGUGCAUGGGCUGAAAGUGUGGACCUUACUCGCUUUGUCGCCGCCGACAAUGAGUUGGAGAUGCUCAGUGACUCUGUGUUCCCAGACGUUGAUCCACAGGAACUGGCCGAGGACGAAGACAGCCAGGGGAAUAUUUUUGCUGGCCUGGAGACCCUCGACCUGCAUGGAAACAUCUUGGUGAACCUGCCGAUGGGUCUGAGGCGCCUCUCUUUCCUUACGUCUCUCAAUCUGUCAUUGAACCGAUUGUCGAACAGCUGCCUCAAGGUGAUUUGCCAUAUUACCUCACUGAAGGAUCUUAAGCUUGGAGGCAACCUCUUGUACGGCCCGCUCGACCCAUGCUUCUCCAAGCUGCAGAACCUGGAAAUUUUGGACCUCCACGGCAACAAUCUCUCAUCGUUGUCCGACAACUUUAGCGCCCUCGCACGCCUUCGGAUCCUCAACCUCAGCGAAAACGGCUUCGAAGAGUUGCCCUUUGGUCUUCUGGCUGGCCUGCCAUUAACGGAGUUGGUUGCUCGCAAGAACCAGCUCCACGGCACACUGAUUCAGGACACUGUUGAGGCUCUGCCGACGCUUCAGACAUUGGACGUGGCAUCCAACCAGUUGGCCCAUAUUUGCUCCUUCGGAAAGACCGUGUCGAUGCCCGCCUUACACCAGUUCUGUGUCUCCAUGAACCGGCUGCAGGCACUGCCUGACGUCAGCAGCUGGACCGGCCUCCUUACCAUCGCGGCUGACGAAAACAACAUCAAUGCCAUUCCAGAGGGAUUCACCAGCCUUGGGCAGCUAAGAUCCGUCGAUUUCUCUAGCAACGAUAUCCGCAUUAUUCCCUCCGAGAUUGGGAAGAUGGUGAGCCUGGUCAAUCUGCGAUUGAGUGGCAAUCCGCUGCGCGAGAAGAAGUUCAGCACCAUUAGCACAGAUGAGAUGAAGUCGAUUCUCGCCCAACGGCUAGAGCCACCUCCUGAGGAGGAUGAACACCGGCCUCGUCCGCCGUCUGGGAGCGUUCAGGACGAAUACUUCACCGCUGACGAUACAGCGGCGAGCGCAGCUACUGGCGAUGACGAUAGCCGCUCCGAACUGGACAACUUUGCCACGCCGCCAACAUCCACUCCGGCUUCACCGGCCCGAGCGCGCUCUCAAACUGCUACAUGGCCCGUCAAGUCCGGCGGCGUCCUCGAUCGGUCCAACACGCAAUCCUCCUCGCUCCACCCGGUCAUUUGCUCCAAGCUCGCCGCAGCCCACAAAGUCCACGAGAUCCAGCUCCACCACAACCUCUUCACCGCGCUUCCCGAGUCGCUCACGUUCUUUGCCACGACACUCACUGCGCUCUCGCUCGCCCACAACCAGCUCAUUGGCGAAACAUACCUCGGCGGUGCCAGCGGCAACGAGAGCCUGGACCUGCCAUCCCUCAAAGAGCUCAACCUAGGCCAUAACCACAUCACCGGCCUCGCCCCGCUGACCACCCACCUCCGCGCGCCGCUGCUCCAAAAGCUAGAUAUCUCCUUCAACCGGCUCGCCGCCCUCCCGCAGGGCAGCACGCUGCGCGACAUGUUCCCCAACAUGACCGUCCUGCUCGUGUCGAACAAUCACCUGGCGGACCUCGACCCGGAGACGAUCAGGGGCAUGAAGAUCGUGGAUGCGGCCAACAACGAUAUCGCACACCUAAAUCCGCGCAUCGGCUUGCUUGGGACCCAGCAGCAGGGCGCCGGAUUGGAGAGGCUGGACGUGAGCGGGAACCGGUUCCGCGUGCCGCGGUGGAAUGUGCUGGAGAGGGGCACCGAGGCCACCCUCAGGUGGCUGAGGGGCCGGGUGCCGGUUGCGGAGAUGGGGGCUUGGAAGGGCGAGGAUGGUGAGGAUGGCGAGGACGUGGAUUGAUCUAUUAGGAUUCGUUUGUUUGCUUUUUGGCUUGAGGUGCUCUUGGUGUUCUCAUUUUGGUUUUUGCCGAGGGUUCGACGUUUUAUUUUCCUUGCUUCGGCCUUCCAGCGUUUCGCUGUUUGUAUUAAUUUUACUGAUACCAACCAGUCUUUUGUAAUAGGUCAUGGCCGGAUACGACUCCCACUUCAGGGGCUCGAUGUCACCAUGCUUUAUGUUGUCGACGCAUUCAAGAUGCCGUUGUUUGUAUUAUUAGCUUGGGAUAAACGGAUGGAUUUGGAGGUUUGGGACAGGAGGGCCAAGCCGGUCCGGAUACACUAAAGAUGGAAAGACUAAUUGUUCAAGACAACCCUCGUCGUUGCCGGUAGUAGUAGUUGCAAGGCAGGCACUAUCCUUUCCCUUAUUCACACAGAAGUCUAUAAGGCAAGAACUUUGCAAAGCCUACA